AAUUCCAGAAACCAAAUACCAUGGCAGGCUUCAGGAGAUCAGUACUGUUUCUAAGGACUAUCACGUUAUUCGUGAUCAUAGCCGCCAUUUUGUGCUGUGGGGAUGCUCGAAAACUUCACAAGCAUCAUCGUAACAGAAACAAAAAUGACGAUAACUAUAAUGAAGAAGUGGCCACUCCUCUUGUGGAAGGAUUUGUUCAGGUUAGGGGAACUCAGUUUGAACUCAAUGGUUCCCCUUUCCUCUUUAAUGGCUUCAACUCCUAUUGGAUGAUGAAUGUUGCCACAGAGCCUGCUGACUGGGACAAGGUCUCCAAUGUCUUCCAUGAGGCCUCUGCGGCGGGCCUUACUGUCUGCAGAACAUGGGCCUUCAGAGAUGGUGGCGACCGUGCUCUUCAGAGUUCUCCUGGUGUGUAUGACGAGCGUGUCUUCCAGGCACUUGAUUUUGUGACAUCAGAGGCCAGAAGAUAUGGGAUUCGCCUGAUUCUGAGCUUGACUAACAACUACCAUGACUUUGGAGGAAGGCCGCAGUAUGUCCAGUGGGCUAGGAAUGCAGGGGCCACCAUCAACGGGGACGAUGAUUUCUACACGAAUGAUGUGGUCAAGGGGUACUACAGGAAUCACGUCCAGAAAGUGCUCACAAGGGUCAAUACCAUCACCGGAAUCGCAUACAGAGAUGAUCCCACUGUCAUGGCAUGGGAACUCAUGAAUGAACCUCGCUGCCAAGUAGAUUACUCUGGCAACACCGUCAAUGAAUGGGUUCAAGAGAUGGCGCCAUACGUCAAGUCCAUUGAUAACAAGCACUUAUUGGCGGUUGGAAUGGAAGGUUUCUACGGGGACUCUGUUCCCGACAGGAAGCAAUAUAAUCCUGGUUAUCAAGUUGGUACAGAUUUUAUCAAGAGCAAUCUCGUUAAGGAGAUCGACUUCGGGACAAUCCAUGCAUAUCCCGAUGUCUGGUUAUCUGGUCAGGAUGAGAAUGCUCAAACAAACUUUGUGCAGCGGUGGAUGGACAGUCACUUGGAAGACUCCAGGACGAAUAUUGGGAAGCCCUUGGUCUUCACCGAGUUCGGGAAAUCCAAGAAGGACCCAGAUUACAGCUUGGACGUCAGGGACUCCUAUAUGAGCGACGUCUAUGCGGACAUCUACGAUCUCGCAAGGAAUGGAGGGGCUUUCGGAGGGGGACUGGUGUGGCAGAUACUGGCAGAAGGGAUGGACUCUUAUGAUGAUGGAUACGAGAUUGUGCUGUCGCAGGAACCGUCAACCACCAGCUUAAUAGCCCAGCAGUCGAGCAAAAUGGCAUCACUGGAACAUAUGCUCUGAGACUGACCAGGGAUUAGCAAUCGGCAGGACACUAAAUUAUACAACUCUUUGUUCUGUUAUAGUCCAGAGAAUAGCUUCACAUUUUCAUUACGACCUGACCGUCAAGUAGGUUAUAGCUCCUUAUAAAAUAAGUAUAAGCUUAUGUAGUUGGAAAGUUAUUGUAGCUUUCUACCACCUUUGAUUUCCAAAAGGAGCUAGGCAAAUAAAACGUCGUGUUUUUGCUGGCCAA